ACCCCGAUGGAUCUAAAUACCAUCAAGAAGCGGCUGGAAAAUAAGUAUUACGUGAAGGCUUCCGAAUGCAUAGAAGACUUCAAUACAAUGUUCUCAAACUGUUAUUUAUACAACAAGCCUGGAGAUGACAUUGUUCUUAUGGCCCAAGCUCUAGAGAAGUUAUUCAUACAGAAAUUAUCUCAGAUGCCACCAGAAGAGCAAGUUGUGGGUGGUAAGGAAAGGAUAAAGAAAGAUUCUCAACAAAAGAUACCACUUUCCUCUGCUGAGGAACAAACGCUUUCCAAAGCAGUGGAAAAUGUGUUUAAGCGGCAAGAGAUUCCUGCUGGACUUCCUGGCAUCCCUCUUUCUCCCUUAAACAUGGCACAAGAAGCUCCCCCCAGCUCUGACUCACAGACUGUGGUCCAGGUUACAAAGGGUGUGAAGAGGCGAGCAGACACAACCACUCCUACCACCUCUGCGGCUAAAGCAAGCAGCGAGUCUCCUCCUACUCUGAGAGAAACAAAGCCAGCGAGCAUGCCGGUGAAAGAAAACACACUGAAGAAUGUUUUGCCAGACUCUCAGCAACAACACAGGGUUUUAAAAACAGUCAGAGUAACUGAACAAUUAAAGUACUGCAGUGAGAUUCUUAAGGAAAUGCUGGCCAAGAAACAUUUGCCAUAUGCGUGGCCCUUCUAUAAUCCUGUGGACGCCGACGCCCUGGGACUGCACAACUACUAUGACAUUGUCAAAAAUCCCAUGGAUCUCGGGACUAUCAAGGGGAAAAUGGACAACCGAGAAUAUAAGGAUGCAUAUGAAUUUGCUGCAGACGUCAGAUUAAUGUUUAUGAAUUGCUACAAGUACAACCCUCCAGACCAUGAGGUCGUGGCGAUGGCGAGAACGCUUCAGGACGUUUUUGAAAUGCAUUUUGCCAAGAUUCCUGAUGCGCCUGUGGAGAGCACACAUGCAUACCACCUUGCAGCACACGGUGCAAAAGCCCUCAGCGGAGAAAGCAGCAGCGAGGCCUCCUCUGGAGACUGCUCUUCAGAAUACUCCGAGGAUGAGCGCGUCCAGCAUCUUGCCAAGCUUCAGGAGCAGCUUAAUGCUGUUCAUCAGCAGCUACAAGUUCUGUCCCAAGUACCAUUGCGUAAGCUAAAGAAAAAGAAUGGAAAGUCAAAAAGGGCACCAAAAAGAAAAAAGGUUACUAACAGAGAUGAAAACCCAAAGAAAAAGCCUAAGCAAAUGAAACAAAAGGAGAAGCCCAAGAACAAUCAGCCAAAGAAGAAGAAGCCGCUCCUCAAGUCCGAAGAGGAAGACAACGCCAAGCCCAUGAACUACGACGAGAAAAGGCAGCUGAGUCUGGAUAUAAACAAACUUCCUGGAGACAAGCUGGGGCGGAUAGUCCACAUAAUACAGUCCAGGGAGCCGUCCCUGAGAAACUCCAACCCGGACGAGAUCGAGAUCGACUUUGAGACUCUGAAGGCAUCCACGCUUAGAGAACUGGAGAAGUACGUCCUGGCCUGUCUGCGGAAGCGCUCGCUGAAGCCCCACGCGAAGAAGGUCGUCAGGUCCAAGGAGGAGCUGCACUCGGAGAAGAAGCUGGAGCUGGAGAGGCGGUUGCUGGACGUCAACAAUCAGCUGAACUGCAGGAAACGGCAAGCGAAGCGCCCGGCGAAAGCGGAGAAGCCGCCGCCGCCCCCGCCCCCGCCGCCGCCGCCGCCCCCGGAGCUGGCCAGCGGGUCGCGCCUGAGCGACAGCAGCAGCAGCAGCAGCAGCAGUAGCAGCAGCAGCAGCAGCAGCAGCUCGGGCUCCGCGAGCAGCAGCAGCGACUCGAGCUCGUCCGACAGCAGCGAUUCGGAACCAGAAAUAUUUCCUAAAUUUACUGGAGUAAAGCAGAAUGAUUUGCCGCCGAAGGAGAGUGUAAAGCAGGUACCGUCCUCUGUGCGAGACACGGCCCCUGCUCGGCCCCCCCUUGCUCAGCACGCCGCCACCGCAGCAUGUCCAGCACCAGGGCGGCACUCCCAGCAGAUGCACGGCUGCCACCUGCCAGAGCAUCUGAAGGCCACGGAGAGCCCCGCACCUGGGCAGACCCAGGCUCCUUCAGGUGAUUGCAAGCGUGCCUUGAAUGGCCCCACUGUGGCGCAGGCCUCUGCUGAGAACCACACAGUGCUAGAGCCCGAAAGCCACGCUCCUGUGCAGAAGGAUAUAAAGAUCAAGAAUGCAGACUCUUGGAAAAGUUUAGGCAAGCCAGUGAAAGCGUCGAGUGUGCUGAAAUCUUCCGAUGAGCUUUUCAACCAGUUCAGAAAAGCCGCCAUAGAAAAGGAGGUCAAAGCUCGGACACAGGAGCAAAUGCGGAGACAUGUGGCACGAAGUUCAAAGGAGCCAAAAGGGUCUCCAGAGAACCAGAGGGAGCUGGGAAAUGGAGUGGCUCUAGACUCAUUGUCAAGUAAAAUGCAAAGCAAGAGUCAUGGAGAAGGGCAGAAUGAACAGCAGCCUUCAGAUGCCCAGGACCACAGCAAAGUCUGGCUUCUCAAAGACCGGAACUUAGCGAGGGAGAGAGAGCAGGAGCGGCGGAGAAGAGAGGCAAUGGCGGGUACCAUUGAUAUGACUCUUCAAAGCGACAUUAUGACAAUGUUUGAAAAUAACUUUGAUUAAAACUCAGUUUGUAAAUUAACUAUCAACUUUAAAUGAAUGGUAAAAAUGUUUACAAUGCAUGUGAUAAAGUGAUUACUUUCAAACCCCAAGCUAUCAAUCAUAUAUUGUGUUUUGACUGCCCUAAAAUAAUUAAAUAUUUUUCAUUUACAAUUUUUAAAAAUAUGUUCAUUUUAAUGACAUAUAUUAUAAGAAGUUUUAUAACUUUGGCCUCUGAGAGUGGACGGAUUUUAUUCAUUCUGGAGGACUGUCAGCUAUGUGUUACAGCCCCAAUCUAAGCAAGUCGAAAGGGAUCAUUUGAUUAAAAAAUGGAGACUAAAUAAAAGUGUAUAAAAGCA